UUCUUUGUAAUAGCUUGUUAAAAAUGACUUGCUCCUUUUUUAUGGUUGUGUUUGUUUAUUCGCUUUUGAUAUCAACUUUUGGUGUGUGCAGAGAGACGGUGUGUAUUGAAAGUGAGAGAGAGACACUGUUAAAGUUGAAGUAUAAUCUCACAGAUCCUUCAAAUAGGCUUUCUUCUUGGAAUGCUUCUAUCAAUCCCAAUUGUUGCCACUGGGAUGGAGUUGUCUGCAACAACAUUACAUCUCAUGUUUCAGAGCUUCACCUCAGAACUUCAUUUCCUGAUUUCGAUGACAACCUUCCUUAUCCAUUAGGUGAAGAAGCAUGGGAAGAAGCAUGGGAAGAGCACACAAGACGGGCCUUUGGUGGAGAGAUAAAUCCUUGUUUGGUUGAUUUGAAGCAUUUGAAUUACUUGGAUCUCAGCGGCAAUCAUUUUCCAAGUACUCCAAUUCCUUCCUUCAUUGCAACAAUCACUUCUUUAACUCACCUCGAUCUUUCUGAUGUUGGAUUCAUGGGGAAUAUUCCUUCUCAGAUUGGAAAUCUCUCCAAUUUGCUCUAUCUUGACCUCUCUUAUGUUGCCAAUGGAACAAUUCCUCCCCAGAUAGGGAGUCUUUCCAAUUUGCUCCACCUCCACCUUAGUGGAUAUGAUGAAGAAUCUUUGUUUCUUGAAAAUAUUAAUUGGCUAUCAAGUCUUUCCAAAAUUCGUUAUCUUACAUUGAGCAACCUAGAUUUGUCAGGAUGUACACUUCCACAGUACAAUCAACCAUCAUUUCUUAACUUCUCGUCUCUCCUGACUCUUGAUAUUUCUGAGAUUUCUUAUCAUUCUACAAUUUCAUUUGUUCCAAAGUGGGUAUUUGGACUGAAGAAACUUGUUUCUCUUGUUUCAAAUUUUAACUUCUUUGAAGGUCAAAUUCCUAACGGUCUUCGAAACCUCACACUUCUUGAAAAUCUUGAUUUGAGUGAAAAUUCAUUUUCAUCUUCUAUACCUCAUUGGUUUUAUAGUAGUUUUCCUCAUCUCAAGUUCUUGGACCUAUCAGGCAACAACUUACAAGGAAAUAUUUCUGAUGCCUUUGGAAAUAUGACUUCUCUAGUUACACUUGACUUGUCAUACAAUCAACUUGAAGGUCCAAUUCCAACUUCUUUUGGUAAUCUAACAAACCAAUUUGAGGUUUAUAAAAAAAUUGCCACACUAAAUUUUUAUGGAAACAAAAUUGGUGGAGAACUCCCAAUAUCACUCGGAAAACUUUCAUCACUGAGAUCUCUUUCUCUAUCCUAUAAUCAGCUUAGAGGAAAUCCAUUUGAAAGUCUUAGAACACUUUCUGAAUUGUUAUAUCUUGGUAUUGAUUAUAAUCAUUUUGAAGGAGUUAUCACGAAAGAUCAUCUCACAAAUCUUACGAGUUUGUAUGAGUUUUCUGCACCAGGAAACAAUUUGACUUUAAAAGUGGGUCCAAAAUGGUAUCCUACUUUUCAACUUACUUAUUUGGAUAUGAGCUCUUGGCAAUUAGGUCCCAACUUUCCUUCCUGGAUUCAAUCACAAGACAAACUUUCUUAUAUAGCGAUGUCUAACACGGGAAUUUUAGAUUCUAUUCCCAAUUGGUUUUGGAAAACAUUUUCUCAAGCUUAUUUUCUAAAUCUCUCUCAUAAUCAUAUCCAUGGUGAGCUUGGGACUACAUUAAAGAAUCCAAUAUCUAUAAUUGCUGUUGAUCUAAGUGCAAAUAAGUUAAGUAACAAAUUUCCCUCACUUUCAAAUGGUGUGGGUUUUUUGGACCUUUCAAACAAUUCAUUCUCCAAGUCCAUGGAUGAUUUUUUAUGUAAAGGUAAAGAGAAGCCAAUGAAAUUAGAAUUUCUCAAUCUUGCAUCGAAUAACUUAUCAGGGGAAAUACCAGAUUGUUGGGACAUCUGGCCAUAUCUAUUGGAUGUAAAUUUACAAAAUAAUAAUUUUGUUGGAAACAUUCCCCAAUCCAUGAGUUCCUUGAUAGAGCUAAAAUCAUUAAGCAUCCGUAAAAACUUGCUCUCGGGAACAUUUCCUACAAUUUUGAAAAAAACCAAUAAAUUGAUUUUGUUGGAUCUUGGAGAAAAUAAUUUUUCAGGAACAAUUCCAACUUGGGUUGGAGAAAGAUUUUUAGAUAUGAAGGUUCUUAUCCUUCGAUCAAAUAGAUUUUCGGAUCAUAUUCCUAAUAAAAUAUGUGAUAUGAGUCUUCUUCAAGUGUUAGACCUUGCACAAAAUAAUCUGACUGGAAACAUACCUACUUGUUUUAAUAGUUUGAAGACCAUGACCCAGAUGAACAAAAAUUAUACUGUAAUCAGUGUUCGUCUUUGGUUGAAAGGAAGAGGAGAUGAAUACAAAAACUUUCUUGGGUUGGUAACAAGCAUCGAUUUGUCAAAUAACAAAUUAGUAGGAGAAAUACCGAGAGAAGUCACAGAUUUAAAUGGUUUGAUGUUUUUGAACUUGUCCCACAACCAACUUAGUGGUCACAUCCCACAAAACAUUGGUAAUAUGGGAUCAUUGUUGUCCAUUGAUUUAUCAAGGAAUGAACUUUCUGGUGAAAUCCCUCCAACUAUUUCAAAUUUGAGCUUUCUAAGCAUGCUAGACUUGUCUUAUAAUGAUUUGAAUGGAAAAAUUCCAACAGGAACUCAGUUGCAAACCUUUGAUGCCUCAAACUUUAUUGGCAACAAUCUCUGUGGCCCACCACUACCCAUCAGUUGCAUCUCCAAUGACAAAAGCUAUGAUCACAAUGGCAAAGGGAAUGAUGAUAGGCAUGGAGUGAACUUCUUUUAUGUGGGUAUGACAUUUGGAUAUAUGGUGGGAUUUUGGAUAGUAGUUGGUCCAUUGGUCAUUUGUAGAUCAUGGCGUUAUGCCUAUUUUCAUUUCCUUGAUCAUGUGUGGUUCAAACUUCAACAUUUUUUCUAAUGUCAGUACAAUAUAUCUAAUGUGGUGAAAAA